AUGCCCUACGAAUCAACAAUCACCUUCACGCUCGACACAAUAUGCCCCUGGACAUACCUAGCCUUCAUCCGCCUCACCAAAGCCCUCUCCGCCUACCGCACCACCAACCCCUCUUCCCCAGCAACAUUCACCCUCAAACUAGCCCCUUACCAACUCUACCCCGACGCCAACCAAGAAGGCGUCAACAAAUACGAAUGGUACAAGAACGAAAAGUACGACGGCAGCGAAGACCGGAUGGAGAAGUAUAUGAAUGUGAUGCGUGAUUUGGGUAAACAAGAGGGGAUCGAGUUUGAUUUUGGGGGUGGGGUGGUCGCGAAUACGUUACAUGCGCAUCGUGUGUUGCAGUGGUUGCAGAGUAAUAAAGGGGAUGGGGCUGCGUUGGAAGCUGUGAAGGAGCUGUAUACGCAGUAUUUUGAGCAGCGCGCGCAUCCUUCGAGUAGCGAAACGUUGGUUAAGGCGUGCAUGGCAGCUGGGCUGGGUGAAGAGGAAGCGAAGAGGGUGGUAGAAGAUAAUGAUGAGGAGUUGAGAGAGACGAAAGCGGCAAUAAUGGAACAAGCCGGGAAUGGGGUGGAUAGUGUGCCGUAUGUUAUUUUCGAGGGCAGGAAGAGGGACUUUACGCUUGUGGGGGCGAAGAGUGUGGCGGAGUAUGAGAAGGUGCUUGGGCAGGUUGCUAAGGAGUGUGCGUGA